UGUUAAAUUUAUAACAAAAACAAAAUCUCUCUCUCUCUAUCUCUCUCUCCCUCACUCAUUAUAUAUAUCCAUAUACUAAUUGAAACAAUAAUAUACAAAUUAACAAAAAAAAAACAGACAACAAAAAUAAAAUAAAAUAAAAAAAUCACAUAAAACUUCCCCCGAAGCAAUAACAAAAAAUAAUAUAACAGAUAAUAAUAAACUAAUAUAAUAAUUUAAAAAUAUUUAAAUAUACAUAAAUAUAUAUAUAUAAAAUUUUCUUUUUGAUUUCGAACGUCAAUGACAGAACGUGUUUUCAAUGGAGGGCGACACAGUCGUGUUAGUCCAUCACCAGGACGUGGUAGUAAAGUUGCUUAUUCACCAUUACCAAGAUCAGAUCCACAGGAUAUGGAAUUAAAUAGAAAUUGUUUAGCGAUUCCAUUAUCAUCGAUUCAAACUGAAAAAACACCAGACAAAUUUACAGAGCGAUGUGGCCCCGUAUUAACGGGUGCUACAUACACCCUAACCUCAUCUUCCUGUGAUGUGGAUGCACCCCAACCUUUAGUCGAUCGUAGACCAUCAGUAUCAUACUUAAAAUGGACAGCUAGGAAUGAUGCGCAUACGCCUACCGCUGCCAGGCAAGUAAGUUUUGGUGGUGCAGGAUCUGCUCGUACCGAACCGAUAUCAUUAGCUACAUUAGAUCGUGAUUGUUUUAUAAUACCAGUUCAUAGUUUAGAUAGAUUUUUGCCAGCAGGUAUACCGUUACCUCCGCCAUCAGCUGAUGGUGCUGUGUCAAAUAGUCCAUUAAGUGUACUGGAAGUAUCAGAUCCAAAAGUAUGUGUAUUAGUCCAUUUAAUGAGUCCACUGGAACCAAUAGAUCCAGUUUUAGAAUCACCUUUAGCUCAUCCGUUGUUAAAACAGCGUGCCGUUGCUGCCGAAUUGCUCAAUGAAGUCCAACAAGCCAAUACAGCAUGUGGUGGAAUGCUUUUAGCCAAUAUGGAAAGAAAUGCGGAAUUUCCUUUCAUAGCCUAUUAUGUGAUAAAUACAACACAAACGGAUCCUUCUAAUUUUUAUUCUGGUUUACGUGUUUCGUCAUUAACUAAAUUUGAGCCAAAAAAUUUAAGAUACACUGCCGCUCAUACUUUAGACCUUUAUUGUGAAGUUGCAGCAAUAUGUCGUCCUCCUUUAAGUGUGACCCCAAAUGAAAUUGGGAAUUUAAAGAAAUCUCAAACGCCAUCAACUGGUUACAUAAUAAGCGUAUACAAAGUGUUCGAGGGGGAUGAUGGGGAGCGUUUCGAAAAGAACUGGUUAUAUUGGACUGGUGCCAGAAUGCUUUACAGAUAUUUACCACGUACAGCCGGCCUUAAACGUAUUGCAUUACAUAAAAGUAUUUCACAGAAAGGUGAUAAAAUGUAUCUGUUAAUUUGUGAAUGUUCGGAUUUGCUUAAAGAUAUAUCAGCAGCUGCAUUCCUUAUACCAGCUUUACGUGCUCGCUUAUGCGGUUAUACAGGAUUGUACCGACCAAUACAAGCAUUUUAAAAGAUUUUCCUUUUUUUGUGCUAAGAGUGUUCUAAUUUUAUUUAUUUAUUUUUUAUUUAAAAUGUUAAUAAUAUAGGCAUAUAAAAUAUUUUAUAUUUUAUUUUUUUUUAAAUUAUCAUAAAUUUAAAACAUUUUGUAUGUAUAAAAAGAGAAAACAACGCAUAAGUAAAUUUUUGUUUAUUCGAUAAUUAAUUUAAAAAAAAUUUAUGUAUACUUAUAUAAAAAUUUAUAAUUAAUUUUAAAUAUUUUCUUAUUAUUAAUUAAGUUAAAAUAUUCAAUCAUUUUAUAAAAAAAAAAUAUAAAAAAAUUAAAAAAAAAAG